AUGGGAUCACACGGUCACAUCCCCGCGCCAAAUCAAGAUGCCAUCGAGUCGGCCAAGGCGCUCUACCACACCAUUCGAAAGGCAUUCCCUGAAGCCGUGACAGAUUUCGAAUCCAAGUGGACAGCCUGGCAAGAGGUGUGCCAAGGACGAACACCAUGGCCGAGUCUCGAUGCCUGUACCCGGACAGACGAGUUUGAGGCUCUCAAGAGGCUCGGUCCCAAGAUCCUGCCGUUUGUGGUUUUCAAGCUCGCAACAAACGCUGACCACAACUCUUACGGAGUGCUUUUGUACAAUACCAUGGAGAAGGACCCCGAAUACCGCGGAAACCCAGAUGAACCCCUCGUGUCGGACGAGAUCCUGCGCCGCCAUAGCAGUCAGAUAGUCGAGCUCAACUACCGACGCAACAAGAUAUAUCAAGAACGCGUCAGACUCUGGAAAGAGUACUGUGACUUGCACAGCAUCCACGCUAGCUUCUCCAUAUGCUGCGAGGGCUCCGACGAGUAUUUCGAUCUGGUCGAAAUGGGACCGAGCAUCAUUGCUCCUCUAAUGGUUGAGUACUUGAAUGAUCAAGGGGGGUACUGGUACGAGGUUCUGCACGAUAUUGUCCACGGCCGGAACAUGGGUGCGUACAUGGUCCAGAGGGACAUCUUGUUCGAUGAAUGUUGCCAGUACUUCAACGGCGGUGUCGACUAUGACCAGGCGCCCAAGUAUAUCCCCAACGAGUGGGAUGAGUUCUUUGUCAACCACAAAAUGUCGCCCAGGGUAUGGGAGCAUUUCAGGCAGAUGGGCAGAUAG